AUGAGAUCUAUUUUCUACGUUUUGUUAUCGGCAAAGGUGGCCUUGGCGGCCAAGGUCUUGGCCCAGAAGCCACAGAUGGGCUGGAACUCAUGGAACAGCUUCAAGCUCAACGUGAGCGACGAGCUGGUUAGGUCAACCGCCAAUGCCCUCGUGGAUACUGGUCUUGCUAAGCUUGGGUAUGACCACGUGCUGAUUGACGACGGAUGGCAAGACAGUGAGCGUGAUACGGACGGCAAGCUUGCAGCAAACCACACCAGGUUCCCCGGCGGUAUCUCUGCCACUGCCUCAUACGUUCACUCCAAGGGACUCAAGGUCGGGAUCUAUAGUGAUGCCGGUAUCUUCACGUGCGGAAAGUAUCCUGGUAGUUAUGGCUAUGAGGAAAUUGACGCACAGACAUUUGCUGGUUGGGGUGUCGACUACCUCAAGUACGACAACUGUGGUGGCUUCCAAAGCAACACUCUCUCUGUGCAAGAACGGUUUCUCAAGAUGUCGUACGCGCUGGCCGCCUCAGGUCGUCAGAUCUUCUAUUCGCUUUGCGAAUGGGGUAACCAGUUUCCCUGGCUCUGGGCCGACCAGAUAGGCGAGUCUUACCGUAUGUCGGGCGACAUCUACUCGUCUUUCGCUAAAGACAGAGCGAGCAUAUGCAAGACGGCUUAUUGCAUGAACCAAGGCUAUGCUGGCGUCAGCGUGCUGACGAUGAUACGCAAGAUGAGAGAAAUCAGUCCAUUCUCGAAACCAGGCUCUUGGGCCGACAUGGAUAUGUUGGAGAUUGGGACCUGGACCAUGACAGAGCUGGAAGAACAAACCCACUUCUCUUUCUGGGCUGCCCUGAAGUCUCCCCUUAUCAUCGGCGCCGAUCUUAAGAAUAUCAGCGAUACCUCGCUCGCCAUUUACAAGAACAAGGACAUCAUCGCCUUGAACCAGGAUGACGCGGGCAAGCCUGCCGUGUAUCUGCCAAAGCUAUCUGAGGAAGGCAGUUAUCAGGUUUGGGCAGGGCCACUAAGUUCUGGGAAGAGGCGACAUGUGAUCUUGGUCCAGAACUAUGGUAGCGGCGACGUGGACGUUGGGAUCUCCUUGGAAGACAUCCCUGGUCUUUCUGUUGAGCAACAGCUGAAGAUCAGGGACGUCUGGGCAGGAAAAGGAAUUACUGCAUCGGGAGGCAAGGUUAGCUUGAAGGGCAUCAAGCCAACGCAAACAAAGGUCUUGGUCAUUUCGAGAUAG